CUGCCGGGCCGGCCGGGCCGCUCUGUCCCAGUAGGCGCCUGCAGGACCGCGGACCGGGCUGGCCCUGCCGCCUUAUCCAGCGACCCGCGGAUAAGAGGAAACUCCUGGAGGGGCAAGAGGAGCGGGGACACCUGGGGGAACAGCCUCAGGUGAUCCCUCCCUUCUUAACCAUGUUACCUCAGAGAUGACCGAGAGCAUAGGGAAUGAAGGGGUUCAAUGUCCCAGAUGAGGGCCACCCGGUCCAUGGAUUGGUGGCCUCUCGAAUUGAAACCUAUGGGGGGAAACCCCCAAACCAUAAAAACACCAAGAACCUGUACCUACGAGGGACUGCUCAACAGGAUUCUUCCUACCACCGACUGCAGGACCUUGUCCCCUUCACCAAGAAUUCUGUCCAGUCCAGGGGCUUGUCGCCACUGAGGCUGAAAGAGCCAGAGCCGGAGAAAAAGCAUGGUGGAUAUUUUGGGUCGAGCCCUUUAAACUCCCCCAAAGUCAAGGAAGUGGCCAAGGCCAGACAGCUGGAGAUGAGGCUACAUACCUUCAGCAUGUUCGGGAUGCCCCGCCUGCCCCCUGAGGAUCGGAGAUACUGGGAGAUCGGGGAGAGCUGGUACAGAGGCUUGACAAUCGAGAAGUCCUGGAAAGAACUGGUACCUGGACAUAAGGAGAUGAGCCGGGAGCUCUGUCACCAGCAAGAAGCAUUAUGGGAGCUAGUGACCACUGAACUGUCCUACAUCCGAAAGCUGAAGAUCAUGACUGAUCUCCUGGCAGCCGGUCUGCUGAAUCUACAAAGAGUGGGGCUUCUGACAGAAGUUCCAGUCGAGUCCUUGUUUGGAAAUGUACCAAACCUGAUUCGUGCCCAUCAGAGUUUCUGGGAGGAGGUGCUAGGACCUACCCUGAAGAAGACCCGGGUCUCAGGCCAGCCUCUGGACCCUCUCAGCCUGCAAGAUGGCUUCUUGACAUUCAGCCAGCGGUUCCAGCCAUACGUGCAGUACUGUCUUUGCGUGAAACAAACCAUGGCCUAUGCUCGCGAACAACAGGAGAACAACCCUCUCUUCCAGACUUACGUGCAGUGGUGUGAGAAACACAAAAGGUCUGGUCGCCAGCAACUCAGUGACCUGCUCAUCAAACCUCACCAAAGAAUCACCAAAUACCCGCUGCUGCUCCAGGCUGUGCUCAGAAAGACCCCUGAGCCCCAGGUCCAGGAUGCUCUCAGUUCCAUGGUUUCUUCCGUGGAGGCUUUCCUACACCACAUCAACAGCCAAGUGCGUCAGGGGGAGGAGCACGACAGCUUGGCAGCUGCUGCCCAGCGCAUCGGGCCCUACGAAGUGCUGGAACCAUCCACUGAGGAGGUAGAGAAGAACCUGCGUCCCUUCUCCAACCUAGAUCUGACCUCCCCCAUGCUGGGAGUCGACCACCAACACACUCGGCAGCUGCUACUUGAGGGCUCUGUUCGAAUGAAAGAGGGACGAGAGGGGAAGGUGGACGUGUACCUGUUCCUAUUCUCUGAUGUGAUUCUGGUGACCAAACCCCAGCGCAAGGCAGACAAGGCUAAGGUCAUCCGCCCACCUCUCAUGCUGGAGAAGCUUGUGUGUCAGGCCCUUCGGGACCCCAACAGCUUCCUGAUGAUCCAUCUUACUGAAUUCCAGUGUGUCUCCAGCGCCCUUGUUUUCCAUUGUCCCAAUCCAAAUGAAUGUAGCCGUUGGCUAGAGAAGAUACAGAAGGCCCAGGCCACCCUACAGAAAUUAAAGACAGAGGAAUAUGUGCAUCAGAAGAGGGAGCUACUGGCAUUAUAUAGGGACAUCGAAUCUCCCAGCACGAGGCCCCCAACCCCGUCUCCUGAUGGCUCUCAGAGCAGCGUAGAGGACCACAAUCUGGAGAGGAGCAGAACUUCAGAGUUCUCAGGCCUUGUCCCUCACCUGAUGGUCACAGAAGACAGAGAAGACUCUUCUCUAGGCCUGGACGAUGGUUCUGACAGUGGCUAUGGCACGAUAUCCGGCUCCCUGCAGGGGUCCCAAUCCCCACUGAACCACAGACUCCGGCCUACCCUCUGCCAGGAUCCCCGACUGACCCUCUCCAACCUUGACCUCCGGGACAUCCCUCGAAGACUCCAGCCUUCCAAUCCCCGUGCCCCUCAAAGACAGAGUGCCCCUGAGCUCCCUGAGGAUGGUAUUAUCCAGAGAGGGCAGAGCCUUCCCAGGAGGGAGCCCCCACCCUGGUCUGAGAAAGAGGAAGAAGAAGGGUCCCCGGCAGGAGGGGACGUGGUAAUGGAAACUCUGCACCGAGCUCGGCUUCGGGGACAGCUACCUCUCUCACCAUCUCUGGUAGACUCUGCAGGAGAGAGCCCCUGGAACUCCUCCGGGGAAGAUGAGGAAGAAAAUCCUCUGUUUAUGGUACCCAAACGUUAUUCCACGCCCUACUCCUUACGGGCAGAAGAAAUGCUGCAGGAGAUCCGGGAGGACCUGGCCAGCCAGCGGAUCGAUGGGAUCUCAGAGACAGUCCGAGAGCCCGGAGCUGGGCGGCCCAAGAAGCUGACCGUAGGCGAACUCCAGAGGAUGCGUGGGUCUCAAAUCAUACAACUAGAUACCCCGCUAACCACAUCGGAGGUAUAGCCUCAUCCAAGACAUCUAAGAUUUCUUAUCUGAUCCAAGAAGUAUUGGUCAUGCACCCACCUCAGCCCAAGAACCAGAUGCAGGCUCCUUGACAUAAAGUUUGGGAUCAAGACUGUAAAUUUCUGUAUCAUAAACACUCCCUAAAUGCAAAUAAAGUUCUGUAUUAUAGAUAA